AUGAUGGUCCAUUCUGCAAUCUUCCCUGGUAGACAGCAACGCCGCUCGCCCGCCGUCUUACUGCUGCACGUGGACCUCACUAUUGUCGGUGCCGGACUGGCUGGUCUCACCGCCAGUCUGGAAGCCGCCAAUCUGGAUCCGUCGCUCAAGAUUCUGCUCGUGGAAAAGGAAAAGAAGGUCGGAGGCAACUCAGCCAAAGCUUCAUCCGGUAUCAACGCGGCACUGGACGCCGCCGACGAGCCAGUAUUCACACGAGACACUCUGAAGUCGGGUGGUGGACUUGCUGUCGAGAAGAUCGUCGACACCUUCAUCCCCAAGACUCCAGACACCAAGGAGUUUCUGGAGAAAUACAACGUGGAUCUGUCGGUGCUCUCACAGCUCGGUGGCCACUCCGCCAAGCGCACGCACCGCAACAAGAGCGGACCCAACAUCGGAUUCGCAAUUAUCAGUACACUGCAGAAGGAGAUCGUCACCAGAGACAACAUUGAGAUCCUCACUGGAGCUACAGCUAAGAAACUUUUACUAGCGGACGAGACACAGACCCCUCCGAGCGUGACGGGCGUUGAAGUCAAGCUGGUCGAUGGACAGACAGUUUCCAUCUACAGUAAGGCUGUGAUCCUGACCACGGGAGGCUUCUCGGCUAGUCACAAGAUGCUCAAGCGCUUUUCCCCUGGUAUGGAGAUGUACCCGACGACUAACGGCGUGUGGGCGCAGGGCGAAGGUGCUCUGAUGUCGGAAGCCAUUGGCGUGGACCUCACGCUUAUGGACAAAGUGCAGCUGCAUCCGACAGGUUUUAUCAACCCGAAAGACCGUGAGGCUGGCACGCGUUUCCUCGCCCCUGAAGCCAUCCGAGGCUCUGGAGCUGUGUUGCUGAACAAGAAUGGCAAACGCUUCGUGGACGAACUGACAACUCGUGACAAGGCCUCGGAUGCUAUACUGGCUCAGCCUGGUCAACAAGCGUACAUGUUAUUGUUCGAGGACGGCGCGAAGGCGAUGGCAUCGGAGCUGCCUUUCUACAAACACAUGGGCAUCGUAACGAUGACAAAAUCGGUCGCAGAAGCUGCUGAGUUCUGUCACUUUGACGACCCACAAGCUCUGCUGAAGGAGCUGAAUGAUUACGCGGAAAUAGCUGGCGGCAACCAGGAGGAUCCGUUUGGAAAGAAGACGUUCCCGUACCCGAUUGAGCGUCUCGCCACUAUCGACACUCGGAUGCAGAUCGUGGCGAUGGAAGUGGCUCCUACCGUUCACUACACUAUGGGUGGUGUUAAGAUUACGGAGAACACGGAAGUGAUCCACAAGAACGGAGAGGUUGUGCCGGGUCUGUUUGCUGCCGGAGAAGUUUCAGGAGGAUUACACGGUGCCAACCGUCUGGGUGGCAACUCACUCGCGGAGUGCGUGGUCUUCGGCCGCGUUUCGGCUCAGCAGGCAAUCAGCUCGCUACUUUGA